CAGCCAUGAGAGCGGUUGUGCUUACCCUGUUUCUGGCCUUCGUGGCUGGUGAACGCUUAACUCCACAUUUCAAUCCUAAUGAAAUUUACGAGUACAAGUAUGAGACCUCGCUCUUGAGUGGUCUGCCAGAGAAAGGUCUGGCCAGAGCUGGCCUGAAACUCAGAGGCAAGGUUCUCAUCAGUGCUGCGAAUGAAAUGUACAUGCUGAAGCUUGAAGAUGCUGAGAUCUUAGAGUACAGUGGUAACUGGCCCAACAGCUCUUACAAGAGGGCAGAGAAACUGACUUCCGCUCUGGCAAAAGAACUCAUCUUUCCCAUCAAGUUUGCUUACAAGGGUGGCAAUGUGAAAAACAUAUCUGUCCCUGAAGGCAUGUCAAACUUCACCACAAACAUCUUCAGGGGCAUUCUGAAUGUCAUUAUUCUCGACAUCAAGAAGACACAGAGUGUCUACGAGAUGCAGGAGGCUGGAACUCAGGGUGUGUGCAAGACUCUCUAUACCCUCAGUGAACAUGGUGAAAACCCAGACAUGAUCCAUCUGUCAAAGACCAGGGAUAUGACUCAGUGUCAGAAGAGUGUCUAUCAGUCUAUGGGCUUGGCGUACACUGAGAAAUGUGAGAAGUGCCAGGAGUUUUCUAAAAACCUGAGAAGUGCAGCAAUAUACAGUUACAUCUUGAACCGCCAGCAAGAUCAUGUGCAGAUCAUGAAUGUGUCUGUCACUGAGGUGAUCCAGUUUUCACCAUUCAGUGAGGCUAAAGGAGAAGCUCAGAUGGAGACUAGGCAAUUCCUGAGUUUCCUCAAAACUCAGAAAGGUCAGAUUACAUCCCAGGCUAAAUAUCUUCCCACUGGACUUGCGUAUAAGUUCUCCAAUGAAUCUCUUCAAGCGCCUCUUCAGCUUAUCAAGACUGACAACCUAGAAAGACAGAUCAAUUCCACUCUGGAACACCUGGCUGCCUUCAAUAUGGAAGAAGUCCAUGAGGAUGCCCCUUUGAAGUUUUUGGAACUGGUUCAGCUACUUCGUUUUAUCAGCAAUGAAACCCUAGAUAUGAUCUGGCAGCAACAAUACAGCAAUGCAAGCCACAGACCGUGGAUCUUGGAUGCUAUCCCUGCCAUUGGUAAUGACAAUUCUCUGAGAUUCAUCAAGGAAAAGAUGCAUGAUCUGGAAACUACUGAAAUUAUUCAGGCUUUGAUGGCAUCAAUUCAAAUGGUGACAGCAACCAAACAAACCAUCAAGCAGGUUGAGGAACUGGCAGCUCGGGAAAGAAUCCAGAAGAACCCAGUUCUGCGUGAGAUCGUGUACCUUGGCUAUGGAACAAUGGUUUACAAAUACAUUGCUCAGAAUGCUGAUCACCCUCAAGAGCUGAUCACACCCAUUUUGGAUCGUCUUAACAGUGCUCAAGGGCAAGAGAAGGUCCUGUAUUUUAAGGCUUUGGGAAAUGCUGGUCAUCCUGGUAGCCUGAAAGCAAUUGAAAAGUCUCUGCUCAACCAAGACAGUUUGGCUGCACCUCAGCCAAUCCAAGUUCAUGCUGAAGCCAUCAUGGCUUUGAGAAACAUUGCUAGGAGGGAUCCCAAAAGGGUUCAGCAUCUGGCUUUGCAGCUGUACAAGGACACACGUCUUCACCCAGAGCUUCGUUCACUUGCAUGUGUUGUGCUGUUUGAGGCAAGGCCUCAGAUUAGUUUGAUAUUGUCCAUUGCUGCAAGUGUGCAAACAGAAAAGAACCUGCAGGUAGCCAGCUUCACUUACUCUCACAUGAAGUCUUUGACCAGAAAUACCAUCCAUGCCUCAGUUGCUGCUGCUUGUAAUAUUGCCAUCAAAAUCCUGGGCCCAAAACUGGAGAGACUGUGCUUCCGUUACAGCAGAGUCACAUAUGUGGACAGCUAUAACAGCAACCUCAUGCUUGGUGCUGCUGCCAGUGCCUUCUACUUCAAUGAUGUUGCCUCACUACUGCCAAGAUCAGUGGUGGCAAAGACCAGUGCCUACUUUUCUGGAGUUUCUGCUGAUGUUUUGGAGGUCGGAGUAAGAAAUGAGGGACUGCAAGAAUAUCUGAUGAAAAACCCUGAACUUCUUGAAAAUACUGACAGGAUCACCAAGAUGAAGCGUGCCAUCAAAGCUCUCUCUUACUUGAGAUCACAGCCCACAAGCCAGCCAUUGGCCUCCAUUUAUUUCAAGCUCUUUGGACAAGAAAUAGCCUUUGCUAACUUUGACAAAUACUCGAUUGAUAUGGUAUGGGUGUGGUUCAAAGGACUUGUCAUCAACAACAGCAGUUUAAUCAAGAUUUUGCAAGAUAAUAGUUUUUACUAUAUAAAGUCUCUCCUGGCCACCGAAGUGCGACGCAUCCUGCCUUCAGCAGCUGGUUUUCCACUGGAGUUCAGCCUGUACACUGCUGCUGUGGCUACUGCAAAUAUUAACGUCAGUCUCACCGCAAAUCCAGCGCUGCCAAAAGAUUUCCAACUUCCUCACCUGCUGAUGACUAAGUUACAAUUGGACACUAAAAUCAAACCUAGUGUUGCCUUGAACUCAUUUGUUGUGAUGGGGGUGAACUCUGAGAAACUCCAGGCUUCCCUUGUGUUAAGAGCUAAGUUCAACUCUACUGUGCCAGCCCAUGUCAAAGCCAGACUUGACUACAAUGAUGGCAACUUUGCGAUUGAAGCUCUUCCUGUUAAUGUGCCUGAAAACAUUGCAGAAGUGCGAGUUGAGACUUUUGCUGUGGUGAGAAAUAUCGAGGACGCUGGUUCUGAAAGAGUCACUCCUAUAAUCGACACUCAAGUUUUGAGAAAUGGUUUGAGAGACACUUCUUCUUCUCGUGCUUCUAGUGAGUCAAAAUCCUCAGAAAUACUUCCGCAAUACUACUACACUGCCAAGUCCUCCAUGAGAGUCUCUGAAUCUAACAAGAGGUACUGUCAGUGCGGUGCUGGGCUGAAGGCCUGCAUCAAAAUGAAAGCAGAAAGGGCUCUUCUCAACAAAGAAAAGAUCCUGAAUGCACUGGUUGGAAGAUACUUUGCUGCCCUUUCCUUCAGACAAACUGACGGUGAUGUUCAGAAACUGGAAAUGGAACUUCAGUUGGGACCAAAGGCUGUGGAGAAGAUUAUUACAAGGAUUAACCUGGAUGGAGAUAGUGAUCCAAAACCAGUGUUGUCGAAGCUCAAGAAAAUCCUGCUUCCUUCAAAUCGCACCUCUUCCUCCUCUCAAUCCAGCAGUAGCAGCAGCAGCAAAGUCAGUAGCAGUAGCAGCAACAGCAACAGCAGCAGCAGCAGCAGCAGCAGUAGCAGCAGUAGGAGUAAAAGCAGCAGCAGCAGCGUCAGUAGCAGCAGCAGCAGCAACAGCAGCAGAAAGAGAAGCAGAAGCAGCAGCAGCAGCAGCAGCAGCAGCAGCAGCAGCAGCAGCGUCAGUAGCAGCGGCAGUAGCAGCAGCAGCAGGAACAGCAGCAGGAAGAGGAGAGGUAAAGCUCCCAGAUUUGUCACAAGGUCUUCCAAGUCCAGCUCUGCCUCAAGCAUUGCAUCUCUGUUCAGUGGUAGUUCAAGUUCAAGUUCUUCUCGUGCCAGUGUCCAUGUCUCAAGGGCUCGCUAUCCUCAAGUUAACUCUGCAGUCUCCUCUAAAGGCAGUAGUAGUGACUCCAGCUUUGAGGCUGUGCACAAACAGAACAAUUUGCUUGUCCGUGACCGUGCUCCCUUCCUUACCGCGACCUUCCGUGUCGUUAGAACUGACAAAAGAAUGCAAGGACAUCAAAUCACUGUCUACUUGGCCAGUGACGCUGCUAGCCUUAAGAUUGUUGUUGCUGCCUUGGCUGCUGAUAACAACUGGAGACUCUAUGCCGAUGGUGUUGUGUUAAGCCAGCACAAAGCCGCAGCAAGAAUCACCUGGGGAUCAUAUGGAAGGCAGUAUGAUGUCAUGAUUACAGCUGAAUCUGGUUCCAUUGAAUUAAACCCUGCAGCUCGCCUCAGAGUGUCCUGGAGAUCACUUCCUUCUGCUGUUGAAAGAUACACCAAAAUGGGCAUGGAAUACGUUCCUGUUAAAAUGCUGCGUGAUUUGAUGCGAGUCACUGAUAAAAGUGCCACCAAGAAGUUCACCUUUGCAAUGGUUGCAACAUCCGAAACGACUGUUGACCUAAUUUGGAAAGCCAGGACAACCUACAAGAUGAGUCUGAAUCUGCCCAUCACUGUGCCACUUCACAACAAUGCCUCUUUUACCGACGACCUCACAGUGGGAAACCUUCACAACAUGCUUACCAGGGUUGGCGCAGCUAAAUGCCAAAUUAAAGGAAACUUAUUGAAAACAUUCAACAAUGCUAGCAUCACCACCAUAGAACCUGUCAACUGCAACCAGCUUUUGGCAAAGGACUGCACUGAGGAGUCUAAAUUCUUGGUUUUUAUGAAGACCAGUCCUGAGGGAUACAGGGGCAUCAAUAUUAAAGUGGCUGAUAUAGAUAUUGACAUCAACCAGAGACGUAAAGACAUCGUGUUGGCAGUCAACGGAAACCGAAUUCCACUGAGCAACCUUCCAUACCAACAUCCCAUAGAUCUGGUCAGAAUCGAGAAAAGGGGUGAUGGUGUUGUCGUGUCUGCAUCCAGACAUGGUCUCAGCGAAGUCUACUUUUCCGAGGACAUGAUUGAGGUUAGAGUUGCUGACUUCAUGAGAGGAAGCAUCUGUGGAGUGUGUGGGAAGGCUAAUGGGGAAGUCAGACAGGAGUUUCGCUCUUCCAAUGGACGUUUGAGCAGCAAUGGUGUCAGCUAUGCUCAUUCCUGGACUCUGCCUGCUGAGAGCUGCCACGACAACAGUGAGUGCCGUCUGAGGCACGAAUCUGUGCAACUUCAGAGGCAGGUGAUCCUGAAUGGCAAAGAUUCCCAGUGCUUCUCUGUUGAGCCAGUGCUGCGGUGCUUGCCUGGCUGCUACCCAGUGAGGACCACCCCUGUCACUGUUGGGUUCUACUGUGCAUCUCCUGGUUCUAUCCUGAGUACGAGCAGGAUCUAUGAGAGCAAUGUGGACCUGACAGAGGAAACAGAGGCUCACCUGGCCUGCAGUUGCAAUGCUCAGUGUGCCUAAAAAUGUUUCCUGUCAAUCACUUACAUCAUGUGUAUGUUUCAAAUCUAAUCUUCAAUAAACUGCAUCCCAAAACCC